CGACAGCGGCGACGACGCAAGGUGCUUGGUUGUGGUUGGGUGGGAGUGAGGAGUCGAAACUCUAUCAAGCAGGGUGCUGCUUGCUCAAACGUGGGGUGGUGAAAAGCAACUGAUGCAUGGAGGCCUAACCCAUUGCUCACUUGUCUAUGUUUUGUUUUUUUGUUUUUUUUUUCUGGAGCAACCGACACCACACAUCGCACCCAACCUCCGACAACGACAGACCGCCCAUCGCCCACCGCCCAUGGCCUAUCUAUGCAAGCGCAUAACUAUGGCUCGCCAAUGCUCUGAUGGAUAGCUGGCAGGCAGAGUGAACUGGCGGUCACGCAUUUACGGAGGGAGGGGGGGUCCGGUUGAGAUGCGGGCCGUCAUUCACCGCAUCAAACGCGGCCAAGCCGAAGACGUGUGUGGUCCUUAUCUCGCUCUCUCUCCCUCUCUCUCUCUCUCUCUCUCUCCCUCCCUCUCUCU